CGUGCUGUUGCCCCACUCUAAGCUAUAACCUAGUUUUUGUGAGGCGUGUGUACGUUUCCAUAGUUCUACAGUUAACACCGAUUAAGCGAUAUUAAGUUAACACUGAGUGUACUGUUGCGACACUCGUGUGUCUGUGUGGACAUCUAGUAUAACUCCUUACGCCCCGUUACAGCAUUGCUGUAUCGUCUGGUGAAACGUUAGCUAGCUAAAAUGCACAGCUAGUUAAUGUAACACAAUUUGAGGCUGUAGCGCAUAUGUGUUCAAUAACAAUCGGUGUAGCGCCUCAUAACGAAAACAGCCGAUCGACGCCAAACACAUCUUGACUACUUUGGCAAAGGAUCAUGAUUUUCCACAUGUGUGCGCGCUCUAACCUACUGUUACGGAAAGAACACCUGGCCGUGUGGAGGGCGUGGAGGCCAUGGAAGUUACAGCACUCUUCUGGAGUUUGUGCAUCUUCUGGUCCUGGUCCUCAAGACAGAUCUGAAGACCUUUCUUCUGUUUCGCCUGAAAAGCCUCUUCACACACCCGUCAUGCUCAAAGAGGUGCUCCAUUUCCUGGACAUCCAGCCAGGUCAGGUGGUCCUGGACAUGACAUUUGGAGGUGGUGGUCAUUCCAAAGCAAUACUGAACACGGUUCCUGGAGUCACAAUCGUGGCAUUAGACCGGGACCCGACAGCGGUUUCUCUGGCCCAGCAAUUAGCUGAGAAACACCAUGCUCGCGUAAAACCCGUGCUUGGCCGGUUCAGUGAGCUGGAGGCCCUGCUGUCUGACUUGAACAUUAAGCCGGGCGGCAUUGACGGGGUCCUGCUGGAUGCUGGCUGUUCCUCCAUGCAGAUGGACCAAGCAGAGAGAGGAUUCUCUCUGAGCAAGGAUGGGCCCUUGGACAUGAGAAUGGAUGGAGAACGGUACCCCGACAUGCCUUGCGCUGCUGACGUUGUGAAUACCUUAGAUCAACAGGCUCUUGCAUCUAUCCUUGCUGCAUAUGGGGAAGAAAGACACGCCAGGAAAAUAGCUUCAGCCAUUGUGGAGGCACGCCGUGUCAGCCUCAUCACCCGGACACAGCAGCUGGCCAGCGUGGUGGCAGGAUCGUUUCCCACUGCUGUGGUCCACGCACGUAAGGACAGACUGCACCGGCCCGCGCACGUGGCCACCAAGACUUUCCAAGCGCUGCGCGUCCUCGUGAACGACGAGCUGAACGAGCUGCACGCCGGCCUGCGCGCUGCCAGGGACGCACUAAGACCCGGAGGACGCCUCUGCGUCGUCACCUUCCAUUCGCUGGAAGACAGACUGGUCAAACGCUUCCUCCAGGGAGACGACCUGUCUAAUCUAGAUCAGUAUCACUUCAGCCCGAGGAAGCAAAGCGCCAGGAGGGAAAAGUUAGUGGACGAAAUAAGAAUAAGAAAUCCUGAAAGUGUUUCUUGGCUUCCACUGAGAAGAAAAGUGAUUGUUCCAGAUAAGGAUGAUGUGCAGGAGAAUCCCAGAGGGCGCUCAGCUAAACUCAGGGCAGCAGUGAAACGUUAAUUAUGCAACAGCAAAAUUAUGUACGGAAAGAUUAUUUGUUAUUCCAAUAAGCUUCAAAAAGAAGAAUUGUUAUUUUGUGUGUGUGUGUGUGUGUGUGUGUGUGUGUGUGUGUGUGUGUGUAUGCGCGCGCGCCCUUUUACUUGUAGGUCACUUGAUGAUACUAAAUUUAGCUCCAAUCACUGAUUGAAAACAGUUGGGAGUUCUGAAAGGACGUAUGUGGUGUUUGAUUGAAAAUACUGUUUACAGAGGCCAAGAAUAAAUUCGCAUGCUUGAAAAAAGCAUGUACAGUUUAAAUUAUAAAAUUAUGAAGAAGCUACAGCAACAACUUGACUUACUUCACAAGCUUUAAAAGACAAUAAAUUGAUGAAAAUCUGAUAUUGUUUUAUAGAAGAAUGCUUGUGUUUUUUGUUGCAUAUGCUGUUUGUUUUUUCAAAAUAAAGCACACAAUGAAUGAA